AUGAUCCCUAGGCUCCUUUCCCUUCUCUGCCUCCGGCUGUGUGUUGGGCAAUCAGACAUUCCGGACAAUGGGCCACCUCCCAAGCCCAGCCUCAGCGCCUGGCCCAGCUCAGUGCUUCCCACCAAAAGCAGUGUGACAAUGCGAUGUAGGAGCCCUGCUCCAAGUGAAUACUUCAUCUUCAAAAAGGACGGUUUUGUUUUGGAUUCUGGGAAACCAUAUGAUUUGACAAAGAAGAUGGCUGAGUUUCAUAUCGCUGAGUUACAGCAGAAUGAUGGAGGAUAUUACACCUGUGAAUCCUACAGCAAAUGGCCCAAUGGCACCCGGACACAGCCCAGUGAUGCCCUUCUCCUAUUGGUCACAGGGUACUUGCUUAAGCCUUCCCUCCAAGCCUACCACAGGGGCACAGUGCCUGCAGGAAGCCAGGUGAUAUUGCAGUGCCAGAAAGCAGGCAGUGUGCUCAGACCAAUAAGGUUUGCAUUGCUGAAGGAGGGACGCUCAGCUCCUGUGCAGAUGAGGAGCUCAACAGGAACGGUGCUUGACUUCUCUCUUCUGGACGUGACAGCCAGAGACUCAGGGAAAUACAGCUGUGUGUACUACCAGGCAAAGGCUCCCUAUCGGGCCUCAGACCCCAGCAAUCCCCUUGAGGUCUCUGUGACAGUUCAGUGA